UAUUGUUCCAAAUAGAGCACAGAACAUACAUAAAGCAAAUAAGUAUCAGAAGAAGAAGCACUAAAGAAAGAAGAGCUCAGGAACAAUGGCCCACCUGACACUAAUUGCCAGAGCCAGUGAUGGACUACCUCUGUCUGCAUCCAUUGUCAAUGAAGAGUCUGGCCGGGAUUAUGCUGAAUACCAACCCAAGGCCAAGCAGAUAUUCCGCAAGCUGUCGUCAGUCAGCCCCCCUCGAUGCUCAAUCGAGUGUGACCCGGGUCGUAUGGUGUUCCACUACAUCCUUGAGGAGGGGAUAUGCUACCUCGCCCUGUGUGACCCCACCUAUCCUGCCAAGCUGGCCUUUAACUACCUCGAGAAUCUACACAAAGACUUCAGUGAGCAACAUGGCAACGAUGUACACAAGGCCAGUCGACCGUACCACUUCAUUGAGUUUGGUGCUGAGAUUAACAGAAUCAAGAGGAACUAUCAAGAGUCUCAGACACGAAGGAGCUCACAGCUGCGUAACCUAGGAGAUGAGCUGCAAGGAGUCCAGAAAAUCAUGUUUGAAAACAUUGACUCGGCCUUACAGAGAGGAGAGCUUAUCUCAGAUCUCAGUGACAAAGCAGGGAAGCUGGUCGACCACUCUCGUGCCUACAAGAAGGAAGCUCGCUAUCUUAACUUGAGACAGUCACUAGCCGCCAAAAUAGCCAUAGGUGUUGUUAUAUUCCUUAUUUUGAUUUUUCUUAGGUACCUUCUCUUCUAAUUAGCUGACAUGCUACGAUUAUAGGACUCGAAAUCAUUCACACGCUUUGUCUCAAAAUAAUUAUAGCUAUAAUUAUUGUACCAUUAUCAGGAGUAAUGUCUAUAUUAAAUUAUAUACAUGCAGUGUUAUUUUAUUGUGAUUAUAAAGAUAAUUCAACGAACAUAAUUAUUAAAGAGUCAUUGUUUCAUAUAAAUUA